UCCUUUUACAACUCUCCCCACACAAAGAAUUAAUGGGCUACACAAAGAGUGGCCACUUUUGCUCCAUUUUGUGCACUAUCACAACCACUCUUCUUGUCCUACAUUGUGAGGCAAGAAGCCAACAUGGUCACCACCACCACCGCGACCGGUUCAUCAGAGCACGAGGUACUGAGUUUGUGCUCCACGGCAAGCCGUUUCUGUUCAACGGGUUCAAUUCGUAUUGGAUGAUGAGUGUUGCCGCCGAGCCUGCAGACCGCGGGAAGGUCUCCGAGGUGUUCCGGGAGGCGGCGGCCAAUGGGCUCAGUGUUUGCCGGACGUGGGCGUUUAGCGACGGCGGUGGCGAUCGGGCGCUCCAGGCAUCGCCUGGCGUCUAUAAUGAACGUGUCUUUCAGGGUCUGGAUUUUGUGAUCUCUGAGGCGCGGAGAUACGGCGUCCGUCUGAUCUUGAGCUUGGUUAACAACUUCAAAGACUUUGGAGGCAAAGCCCAAUAUGUAGAGUGGGCUAGGAAAGCAGGUGUUGGAGUAAACAGUGAAGAUGAUUUUUAUACAAAUCCAGUAGUAAAGGGUUACUACAAGAACCAUAUAAAGGCUAUCUUAACAAGGGUUAACACAAUCACUAAAACGGCCUACAAAGAUGACCCAACAAUCAUGGCAUGGGAGCUAAUGAAUGAACCUCGUUGCGAAAGAGACUACUCGGGAAGGACUGUGAAUGGGUGGGUGCAAGAGAUGGCGAGUUACACAAAAUCAUUGGAUAGGAAACACAUGCUUGAGGUGGGAAUGGAGGGGUUUUAUGGGGAGUCCAUGCCUGAGAAGAAGCAGUACAAUCCCGGAUUCCAAGUUGGGACGGAUUACAUUACCAGCAAUCUCGUCAAGGAGAUUGAUUUUGCGACCAUCCAUGCGUAUCCAGAUAUAUGGCUCUCCGGGCAAAAUGACGCUGCGCAAACGGCGUUCGUGCGGCGGUGGAUGUGGAGCCACUGGAACGACGCGCGGCAGAUCCUGCGGAAGCCGCUGGUCUUCGCCGAGUUCGGCAAGUCGAAGCGGGACGCAGGGUACACCGAGAACGGGCGCGACGCGUUCCUGAACACCGUGUACGCGGGCAUCUACAGCUCCGCGCGGGCCAGCGGGGGGUCGAUGGCCGGCGGCUUGGUGUGGCAGGCCAUGGCGGAGGGGAUGGAGUCGUACUACGACGGCUACGAGAUCGUGCUGUCGCAGGAGCCGUCGACGACGGGGGCGGUUGCAAGGCAGUCACGCGCGAUGGCGGCGCUGUCGCGCGUGCUGUCAGGCAGGGCGGCCGAGGCAGCGGCGGCGUAUGCAGUGGGGGGUCGUCGGCGUGUCGGAAUGCGGCGGCACCCGCACCGCCACCGCCGCAGGAAUCAUCUUUGA